CUGAACUUGGUAAGCUGUAAGGACGCAGCCGAGUAACUAAUACUCUUUUUCAUAAAAUUUGUUACUGGCUUUCCAAGGGAGAAGUUUAUAUUGUUACUACGCAAUUGAUACACUUGCUAAUUGUGGCAUGACGUUAUUUUAUAUUGUGUGCAUAAAAAUUCAUUUGUUUCUCUUUAGUCGUUCACUUAAAGGCCGCCAAUUCAGCUCUUUUAAAACAUCUUUAGAUCUGGUUUCAUAUGUUCUGCCCGUAAUCAUUCUCGCAGCCCUAUUUUGUAAUUUUUGCAGUUUGUUUAACAGAUAAUCAGAACAAUUAUCCCAAACAAGACUGUAAUAAUCAAAAUGUGACAGGACAAUAGCCUUGUAUAUUUUUAACAAAGUCGAUUGCGGAACAAAUUUCUUUAUUCUUCGAAUCAUUCCUGCACCUUUUGAAGAUUUUGAAACAAUACUUUGUAUUUGGUCGUUCCACGAGAGGUUCUCAUCAACAAUGACCCCCAAAGUUUUAGAUUUGUUGAGUCACCGAGUUUGACUAUAGGACCUGUUGAAAUGUUUGAAAUGGGUUGUCGUGUGCCAACAAUUAAUCAUAUAUUCAGUUUUCUUUUUAUUAAGAGUGACUUUAUUCGAAGUUAGCCAUUGGUGAACAUUUGCGAGGUCGGUAUUUAAGCGUUAUUGUAUUUCAGUGCCAGUUUUAUCUUGAGUAGAAAUAUUUGUGUCAUCAGCAAACAUACUUGCCGAGGAUAAUGAUAGACAGUUGGGAAGGUCGUUUAUAUAUAGAAGAAACAGCAACGGGGCCUAAGUUAGAACCUUGUGGUAUGCCACAUUUAACCGUUCUUUCAUUAGAUGUAAUUUGAUCCACCUUGCAGAUUUGUAUCCGAUUAGUAAGAUAAGACUCAAACCAAACUAGAUCACGACCUCUUAUUCCAUAAUAAUCCAUUUUUGUUGUAAGUAUAUUAUGAUCUACACAGUCAAACGCCUUUUUAAGGUAAAGGAAAAUAACUCCAUUCAAACUCCCCCUAUCCAUAUUUAGCAGCCACUGAUUUUUUGUACGAAGGAGAGAUGUUUGAGUGGAGUGUUUCCUGCGUAAACCUGCUUGUUGUUCUAUGAGUAGACCGUUAGACUCUAAAUACGUAUUAAGCUGCUCUGAAUUUAAUUUGUCAAAUAUUUUUGCAACACAUGAUAAAACUGAAAUUGGUCUAUAAUUAUCACAGAUUAAUUUGCUAUCAGAUUUAUGAAUUGGCGAGAUUGUAGCAAUCUUAAAGUCGUCAGGAAAAAUGCCAAAGUUUAUUGAAGCAUUAAAUCACGCUGCUAAUGAGGGAGCUAUUUCUUCAGCCGCAUCUUUGAGAAGUUUUGGCGGAAUUCUAUCGUGUCCUGCUGAUUUUGAUGUUUUCAUUAUAGAAAGUAAUUUGUAAACUUCUAUUUGAGAAAAAUUUUGUAUUGAUAAUUUUGUGCUUGUUUAAGUUAAAUAGGAAUCCGGCGUCCUACCGCUGUUCGGUAUUUCAUUAGCUAGUUUUGGCCCGACUUCACUAAAAUAUGUGUUUAAAACAUUUGCAAUUUCAGACUUAUUAGUUAUAACUUGAUUACCUUGAUGGAUUUCAGAGGUUACGGUAGUUUUUGAGCUUUUGUUAGUACGUUAAUAUAUACAUAAAGAUAUUACUCGACUGUGAUUGGUUGAUUUCAAUGCAGUUAAUCCCAAACAGCAGUGCAAUUUUCUGUAAUCACAGUGCAAUUUUCUGUAAUCACAGUGCAAUUUUCUGUAAUCACAGUGCAAUUUUUUGUAAUCACAGUGCAAUUUUCUGUAAACACAGUGCAAAAAUCUGUAACAAACUGAUCUGAUUGGUGGAAAAACAUUGUGAUGAUUAAAUCAACCAAUCAGUUUAAAGCAAUUUAGUUUAAAGAAGUAACGGUCACAGAUUGCUUCAAAACAAAACAAACAUGGCGCCGCGCUACAGUAAAGUAAAAGUUACCUUCGCGUGGAAAAUAUGGCUUUUAUCUUUAUUUUUAAAUGGAAAAGCAUUUACCUUAAGCAAAACUAACAAAAAUUACAUAGUUGAGUGGAAUUUUCAAGCUGUUGGCGUUGUUUAAUGUGAUAUAACAAAGCCAGGAAAAGUUUGCCGGCGGAAUGUUCGCUAUUUUAAAACGCGUAAGUUAAAACUACAAUUGUCUCGAACAUUUUUAUGUAAAUUAUUAAUAAGUAAUAGCAUGGUUUCUCGUGAAAUUUGGAUAAACAUGCACUCGUUAGUUUUUCAAAGACCUCAAAUAGCACUCGUGCUUCGGACUCGUGCUAUUUUGAGGUCUUUGAAAAACUCACUCGUGCAUGUUAUAUCCAAAUUGCACUCGAAACCAGGCUAUUACCUAUACUUAUUAAUCGCUUUCCACAUUUCUUUAGGAUUAUUCUCGCAUUCGUUCAAGGUAUUCAUAAAAUAUUCGGCUUUGGGGUUUUUAAUUAAUAACCUAUUUAAAUCGUUUCGAGUUGUCCUAUUCGCAUCGUGAAAGUGUUUCGAUCCUGUUUUAACAGCCUUUUUCUUUACCUAAAGUUGUUUGUUAUCCACGGAGUCUAAAGUUGUUUGUUAUCCACGGAGCAUAUUGGCUUCUUACUCUUUUAGUAAUUGGAGGAGCAUGAAAAUUAGCGACAGUUAAAAAUUUUGUUUUCCACUUUUCCCAUAUUACGUUUGGAUCAAGCAUACUGUUCAAAAAUAUUUCGUGGUUUAAAUAUGGAAAAAUAUCUGCCUUAAAAUUAUUGGCAUUAUAUUGCUUAACAUUGCCUAGUUUUGACAAUCUUAGGUUCCCCACGAGGAAUUGAAAUAACUUCUUUGGAUAUAAAUCAUACUAUGGUCGCUGAUUCCCAAAUGAAUGGCUCCUGAGCAAUAAUUAAUUCACGUUUGUUUGUGAAGGCUAAAUCGAUUAGUGUCUUAGUUGUUGCCGUAACUCGAGUCGGCUCUUCAAUUAAUUGCUCAAAUUGAAGGGUAUUCAUAAUUUCGGCAAGUAUGUUUGUGUGAGCAUUGGCUUCAUUGUUAGCCAGAAGAGACCAAUCACAUUUGAAAUCACCAAUUAAAAUCCCUUACGAAAAUCAACACUAUUUUAACCCUAUUUUAUCCCUAUUUUACUUUCUAUUUUAUUCCUAUAGAAAAGCUAUUUUAUUUUUAACCCUAUCAUAUUGCUAUCACAUAUACAAAUCCUAUAUUAAACCUAUUAGAACUCUGUUUUAAUUGUACUUUAUAGCUAUUAUAAAUAGGUUUUUUUGAAACAAAAAAUAGCCUAUUUUAAAUAGAUUUUAUCUUUCUGAAUCGGUGAAGCACAGAUUAAAAUAGGUUUAAAAUAGGAUAAAAUAUAUUUAAUAUAGAGUGCAAAAUAGAAAUAAAAUAAUAAAGUAAAGUGAAAUAUUGGUAAUAAAAUAGAUUUUAAAUAUACAUAAAAUAGGUAAAAAAUAGUCGAAAAUACAUAUAAAAUAGUGGAUCAACUGCAGUAUAUUAACUAAAAAUAGUAAUAAAAUUACUGCAAAAAUAGUAAUAAAAUAGUUUAAAAAUAUGAAUAAAAUACUGAUAAAAUAGUAAUAAAAUAGUAGAAUUUAAAAUAGCGAGCAAAAUAGUAAAAAAAUAGUUCAAAAUUCUUAUAAAAUAGUAUAAAAAUAGUAAUAAAAUAGUUAUAAAAUAGCAAUAAAAGAAUAGUAAAAUAGCAAUAAAAUAGUUAUAAAAUAACCACAAAAUAGCUAUAUUAAAAUAGUAGCACUGCAACAUAGUUACUUUAUAAAGUAAUAAAAUUGUAGUAUGAUAAUUAAAACCAGUUAAAAAAUAGUAAUGAAAUAAUAUCAAAUUAUCUGAAAACUAGCAAUGCAGUACCAUGGUUGACAGGUAUAUUAUCGUUUAAAAUUGAAUAAAAUAAUACACAUAAAACAGUUUGUAUUCUUAUUAGCUGUCAAUGCUAGGUUGUGGCAGUUUAAGGGCGGCAGGGGUGAAUGUGGCAGUUUAUAAGCAGUGUCAAAUCAAUGGCAUUGUUUACCACGCACAGUCAGAGUUACCAACGUUUGAGUAACUGUAAGGAAUCUAUUACACGAUUGGGUUUCAAAUCAAUUGCAGGAUGAGCAGUCUAGUAGUCUACUAGCAGUUAGAUCCAUGCCACCAAGCAUCUUGGAGAUCAAGCAGUUAUUGCCAAUACAUGCAAGCUUAAUUGUCAGUAUUAAAAGGUGAAAAAUGGGCAAGCAGACCAUAGUCGAUAAGCGAAAUUGUCUAGCUUGAGACCUCACAGUUAAAUAUUGUGUGCAGAACUUAAAGUAGGGAGUGUUAAGGAAAAUUACAUCUAAAUAUGUCAACAUGGAACAUCAUGGGCAUGAAACAUCAUGAGUCUAGCUGGACACUUUCCUUGGCAAAUAAAAUUGUCCAACAUUAGGCAAGAUACAAAAACAUUUAAAUAUUAACAAACUGCUGAAAAUUGGGCACUUCGCAGUGAAAUGGGUAAUUUUAUUAAAAAAAAAAAUUAGUUCACCCUUGUCAUGACUUGCCGGGGUGUCUCUAAAGAUAUAUAUAAAAUGUAGCCCAAAGGUUGUUACAUAUAUUAUUAAGCAGAUCAUGCAGGUGGUAUAGAUAAAUGUAUUCAUAUAUUAUAAACUUUGAACAAGCAAACAAAGGACUUUGACUGUUUCCAGUUAGGGCACUUCCAUAAUCAAGUUGCCAUACAACAAAUUGAUCAAAUUAACAUUUUACCUAUUAACCGACCCACCCGGCAUUAAAAACUUAAGCAUGGCAUACAAAGGAAAUUGAAAUUAACCCUCUAUACCCCCAUUCCAUUGAUAUCCUAAUACAUUGUACUAUUACCCUCAGAUGUUAGACAUGGUAAAAUCAAACAGAACUGAAAGAAUCCAGCUUUGAUGCAACCAACACCUGGUGUUAGACUGAGAGUGAAAAAAAAAUUAAAGUUGGGUAUAUAAGUGCUAUAAUGGUAAAGUGCAUGAGACAUCCUUUUCCGGCUGAUAAUUUCAGCAAAUAUACUAGAUAGAUAUAAGUAGAAAAUAAUAUAACGGCAUGUCUUGCAAAUAUAACGACAUAUCUUGUGAAACACUGCUGAAGGUGAAUCAUAUUUGAUUCAAAACAUACAGUUUUCAUAAAUUGUGUGUUAACUAAUUACUAUAUAAUGCACUCCUUAUUCAGAAUAACUUUUAUUCUAUGACUAUUAUGUAACUGAGACAUGCACAUUUAGCUGGGAUAUGCCUAGGUAUUUAUAAGCAUAUAAAGAAUUGAGGAUUGAAACUUGAGUAGAUGCCAAGCUAUAAUAUAUUAAUUUUGAUACAAGAAACACUGCCACUGGAAUCUGGCAAUACACAACUAUUAACUAUUUGGCAUUAGUUAAUACAAUAAACAUAAUUUAAUAUAAAGACUUCAGGAGUCAAAUGUAAGCUUUGAAUUAAACUAACGUUUUAUAUCAUCGCUUUAAAUAUUGUCGCGGCAAAUUCAAAUUUUAAGCCGAAACAUCAAGCACGUGCAUUCUCAAAAUUCAGGAAUGAAGAUUGAAGUAGAAAAUAUUUCCUUUCAAAAUUGCUCUAUUAUACAUAAAACUUAACAAGAUUCUUAGCUGGAUAUUACUCUGUCAUCCCUGAUGUUUCAUCUUCGCUUAUUAAGGCUUCAUCGGCUCGGCUAAUUCAAAUUUUAAGCCGAAACAUCAAAGGUCAUCAAACACGUGCAUUCUCAAAAUUCACGAAUGAAGAUAGCAAAUAUUUCCUUUCAAAAUUGCUCUAUUAUACAUAAAACAUAACAAGAUUCUUACCUGGAUAUUACACAAUCAUCCCUGAUCUUUCAUCUUCGUUUAUUCACGGUUAAUAAGGCUUCAUCGGCUCGAAAUAUCGAGCGAAAUAUUGUAACUUCGAAAUCACGAACUGAUUAUAAAAAAUGGCGGGGUGUAAAUUCAGUGCUUCCACUUCCACUUUCAAAAAAAAUAAUUUCCUUCCCAACUGCUCAAAAUUUCCUUAUUUUUGACAAAAAUUCCUUUGAUGAAGAUGAAUUUUACCUAGUUUGAAACUGAUAUUACAAUAAUUUAUCCUGAAUGACGGUGUAUUUCUAGGGUGAGAAACAAUUAUAAAUUAUAAAUUAAUUAUAAAAAACUGCAACAGGAGGCUUGAGGUCAUGUCUCGGGAAUUUUUCAGAUUUUCCAUUCCCCAGGAGUAGGAUUUGGAUUUUUGACAUUUCCUGACGCGAAUUUGCUUGGGAAUUGCUAUAAUCUUUGGAUUUAUUAGAAAUAACAUAAUAUCCUUAUUUCCUUGCUGAAAACAAAAUUCCUUGCCGUUUCCUAGUAAAUUUUAUUUCUUUUUGCAAAGAAAUGUCCUUGCAAGUGGAAGCACUGCAUGGGAUGACCAGUGUAGGCAACAGUUGAAGCCUCCCCCUUUCCUCACCCUUCGCCCCUCACCCCCUCCCCCCUUCCAUUAUUAAUGAUUGGUCCCUUAUCUGUGUAACUAUAAAAUACGGUUCUAUUUUAUUUCAUUUUGCUAAGUAGGAAAAUUCAGAAUGUUUUAAUUUAAAUAGACUAUUUUAUACAUAUCUGCAAAUUGUAAUCCUGAAUUCCGGUAAAUGUAAAAUAGGAUUAAAAUAGAUAUAUGUUAUUUACCGGAUUGGAGGUUCGUAUAGAGAAAUAUUUCUCGAGGUCUUAAAAACGGCCCGAGGCCGAAGGCCGAGGGACGUUUUUAAGACCUAGAGAAAUAUUUCUCUAUACGGACCGACCAUACCGGUAAAUAAUAUUUUUAUUUUUUUUAAUUCCUCUGGAUUUCCCCAAUCACUCCUCCCGCACGCGAAUGAAGCUGCCAAAUAAAACGUCGUUUCUAUCAAUGCUAUCGGGAAGAGAAAUAUCUUUUGUGAGAUAGUAAAAUUCGUUUUCACUGUGUUUUUCAUCGUCUGCAGACAUUUUAAUGUUUUAAAAAGUAGCCUUUAAACUCGUCUUUAAAUUUUGAAAAAUAAAAACAUUGGCUCUACGGCUUUAAAUCUCGCGCGGUCCGUACGGGCUCAUACGGACCGCUCACGUAGCCAAUCAGAUUGCAGAAAAGCGUAAAAUAUGACUUCGGACUGCAAGAAAAAAAAAUAAUGUAUUUUAUUAUAUUUUGCAAAUUAGGGAAAGUGAAUAGGUUUAAAAUAGUAUAUUUUAUCCCUAUUUGAAAAAUGUGGCAGUUCUAAAAAUGUGCAAUAGGUUUAAAACAGUCUAUUUUAUUCUGUUUUGCGUAUUCUGAAAAAUAAAUAGCUUUAAAAUACUAUAUUUUAUAUCUAUUUUAAUUUAUGUAAUAUUCUGCAUGUGCAAAAUAUGUUUAAAAUAGUCUAUUUUAUUGUUGUUUUGCUAACUAUGAAAGAAAGAUAGGAUUAAAAUAGUAUAUUUUAUUCCUGUUUAAAAUUUGUGCAUUUAACUUCCAAUGUAAAAUAGGAUUUAAACAACCUAUUUUAUUUUAUGAGUUUAAAAAUAGUAUAUUUUAUAUCUAUUUUAAUUUCUAACUGCUUUCUGGUGAAGUAAAAUAGAAUUUAAAUAGGCUAUUUUAAACCUAUUUUUUCCCUGCGGCUCUGGAAAAUAGUAUUAAAAUAUGCGAUUUUAUUUCUAUUAUCUAUAAAAAUAGGAAUAAAAUAAAAUAAAACAUUAAUAAAAUAUGGCUCUUUCUUUUAGUGAAAUAUUAUGAUAGAAUUAAAAUAGGGUUGCCUCUGAAUAAAAUAGCAUAAAAAUAGGGAUGAUAGUAAUAAAAUAGUUUUAAAAUAGCCUGCCUCGUUGAGUCAGUUGUCGGGCCAGGAUUAGGAGAAACGUCCCCGCUUACAGAUAUACGUUCGAAUUGAAAUGUAGCGUUUGAAUUAGAAUAGUAGCCGAUUCGCGAAGAGAAAAAUCUUGCUCGCCUACCUCGUUUAUUUUGUAUAUGAUGAAAUCUCGUCGUGUUAAGAUUACCCAAACGGUACCAAAUUGACAAUGUUGAACUCGUUAACGGCCUUUCAAAGUAAGGCAGAGAUAGAUUGCCACGACUCGUAUAAUGUCUCACCUUGGAGUUGUAAACUUGGAAGCCAAAGAUUGGCAAGCUUAAUGUGCAAAACAGGGAGGUCAGAAACACACGUCCACUCAUGUUGACUCGCUCCUUGAAAUUGUUGUUGGCAUUUGAGUUACGUAAUUACUUCCGUUAACGAGAUUAACCAAUGGAAAGCUUUUCCGAAGAUUCUUCAAAGAAGAACAAAUUUGUCAUAGGCAUUUUGGGCAGGCGCUUAUUUAACGACGCCCUCUCUUCUCCAGCCCGCACUAAAUGCCUGCUACGCAGGUUAUUAUCAACAAGUCUGUAGUAUUAUUCCAGCUUUAUUUUGCGUGUUUGUUUUACUUUUAAAUAUACUUUACAUAUAACCACAGUCCCACACAAGUCAAAUAGUCGACUAAUCAGCAUCUGAUUGCUUCAAAGAAGCGUAACACGCUUAUUGUCCUAUUUCGUGACACUCAGGGGCUGAUUACAUGGGCCGAUCGAAUUGUCCCGCUUUGCCGAGUUGUCCCGGCUAAGCGAGUUGACUUUUGAAUUGCGAUUACAUGCACCGCGCUCACCCGGCUAGCCGGGCUGAAGUAGCUCAUUAAGAACUGUAAUGCUUAACAAUUUAAUACUCGGUGUUGGAAAUCGAUUAAAAAUGGCGUAUUUGUUAUAUUUGUGGACUACUUUACCCCGCUGAAUGUUGUUGGUUGAGCUGUUUAUACUUAGCGCUUAUCCCAAUAGGUUUAUACUAUGUUUGUGAUGUUACUCUGAGUGCAUAUCCACACCGGGCGAGCUUGAAAAAUAUGCCCGGCCGCGGUGGGAUUCGAACCUACGACCUUUGGAAUACUAGCCCAAUGCUCUUCCAACUGAGCUACGCGGUCAGGACGGUUAAGUGAUAGUUUUAUUCCAAAGGUCGUAGGUUCGUAGUGGAUAGUUUUAUUCCAAAGGUCGUAGGUUCGAAUCCCACCGUGGCCGGGCAUAUUUUUCAAGCUCGCCCGGUCUGGAUAUGCACUCAGAGUAACAUCACAAACAUAUUAUUCACCUGAGUACACAACACCAGCACAGAAAAAAUUCAUAUUACAAGAGCACAUUGGUAUCGAAGGAACUAUAGAUACUGUUCCGAAAUAUCACUUACCCGAACCGUCUUGACCGCGUAGCUCAGUUGGAAGAGCAUUGUGCUAGUAUCCAAAGGUCGUAGGUUCGAAUCCCACCGUGGCCGGGCAUAUUUUUCAAGCUCGCCCGGUGUGGAUAUGCACUCAGAGUAACAUCACAAACAUAUUAUUCACCUGAGUACACAACACCAGCACAGAAAAAAAUCAGGUUUAUACUGUUUGUAUUCAAAUAAAAUUGUGUCGUUUCCUAUCUAAACCUUGAAAACGUUCAUUAAUAUCAUUUCGAUGUUAUUUGAAAUUUUUUUAACUAAUGUCACUAAUACUUGUACAUAUAAUCAAAAUUAAAACAUGCAUAAGUGUGGUUUUCAGCCCGUUUUGCCCAGCCAACUCGGCAAAAAGCGAUUACAUGGGAUGUGUGGGCAAUUUCUGUCCCGGCUAAGCGAGUUGACUCAGCAAGCUACAGUCGCGGUCCCGGCAAGGCGGGACAACUCGCUUUGCAUGUAAUCGAAAUGUCAAAACAAUAGAAAAUACAUAUAGGAAGCGGGUCAACUCGGCAAAACGAGUCAACUCGCUUAGCCGGGACAACUCGCCCAUGCAAUUGGCCCCUCAGAUUAUUUCAGCACGGGCUGACAUUUCAGACCGGGUUGACGAUAAAUAUAGCUCUGACUAAACUCAGCCCGGGCUGAAACUUCUCAUGUAAUCGUGAUGCAAUUUCAGCUCGUUUAAGCGGGCUGAAACUCAGCCCGGGCUGAAAACUCUCCAUGUAAUAGCCCCUAAUUGUCCACUGUAGUUUAAUAUUGCAACUGAAACUGUCUAUGUUACGUUGGUUUGUCACAGUUCUUGAAGCAUAAAGGUACGUUCAUUGUAUUUUUCGUAUUUCCUUAGCUUCAUCUCGAAGUUUUAAUUUAAAUUACACGGAAAUAUUUAACUAAGUGUUUUCCAAAUCACCAAAUGUAAUGUAUUAACUUCCACCGACAAAAAUAUUAAUGGGAAGAACUGUUUCAGCUCUACCAUUCUCUACCAUCAGAUUUGAACUAAGUUCAUAUUUUGUCGACAGUAGGGACAGCUCAGAACAGGUAUUGCAGAAAUCACUUGAAACUGAACUGAACAAUUUAGUCAGAGGAGGUUGGACAGCAGGCCGCAAAGCAUCAUGGGUAUUGAGCGUCUAAUUCCACGCGUGGCUUUCAUUGACUGUUGACUGUCGAGGAGUGAACAUCUCUCUGACUACAAAACCAAUAUGGAAACUUUCGAACGACAAGAGUGGCAGGCUGCGAUACUUUGUGAAAACUGCAUGUUAUUGCUGUAUUGUUGCGAUCAUCAUUAUGACUUGUGUUUUACCAUAUCAAGUUUACCUUUUUUAAAUUGCAUGGGACGUGCUGACAUUUUAGCUUCAUAAAUAAUCCGUCUGAGAAAAGGAAUUGUGUUUGAAUUUAUAUUCCCAAAAGCGAGGCUCUUCUUUCUAAGUUGGAUGGCGUUAAAUCUCCGUGUAUAAUCAACAUAAAAACAAGCGUAGUAUUUAAGGUUGGUAUACUACAAUGCAUUAAAGUUAAAUUUCCGCUUUGUUGUUUUUAUUCUUGUACUUCUAAUAUAAAUACACUGUACAAAAUUAUCAAUUAUGGCGUCAUACUUGUGUGUAUAAUGCCCAGUGGCGUAGCUAGCGGUCCUGCUUGUCCUGCCCAGCAGGACUAAAAAUUUCCCCAAAUUUCCUUACUAAAACAUUGCUUUAUUUAUCUUGAAGCUUUAAAAAUUUAUCAUUAUCAUAUUGUUAUUUUUUGUCUUUUUCGUUAUUAUUUUUUAAAAAGUUCGCAAUCUGUUAUAUUUACGCAAUUUUACAGCUUGCCGUGUCUGUUACCUAGCAACUGCAACUCUACAUUGAUUUACACGCGACUCGUAUUUCAGUCCUGCCAUUUUCAAAUGGCAGGACUUGCUAGUAUAUUUCACAGUAAAUUCAUACAAGAAAUCUUGGUUUCUGAUUGGAUAAUUAGGUCUGCGCAUGCUCAAACAGACUGUUAACAAAUGCGAAGUCCUGCUCUCUCGAAAUGGCAGGACUUGGCCUUGUAUUGUCUUUACUUGCGAGUUAUCCGCGUAACUAAACCUACUUUUUACUAAUUCUGUCGAGAUUACUCAAAUUAUGAAUAUGGAAAUCAACGAAUGUGGAAGCCCAAUGUGAUUUUGAUAUAAUUUCUGGCUUCUGCUAGAUAUUUUAGCUCACGAAAUGCAUGUGAACAGACUCGACUGAUGAUUGUGUAUUUUUAUAAUACAAUAUAAUGGGGAAUACAAACUUCAUUUGUGAAGCCUGUCGUAUUGAUAUAAAAUAAGAACGUAAUAUUUACUGCCAGUUCAUCUACUUUGUGCAUUUGAAACGAGCACUUAUAUGGAGUUUAAUUUUAAAAAUGAUAUACUGUACCAAUUCUGGCAAUUCACACUGUUUAUGUAGAUAUUUGGCCGCAUACACUAGUCUAUAUUAAACGCUAUAUUAAUACCAUAGGCAUAGCGUACUGAAUUACAUUCAGACUAUCAACUACAGAUCACUACGCCUGGCACUCUACAGAGUGCCAGGCGUAGUGAUCUGUAGUUGAUACCACUCCAUUAUAUAAAGUUUAACACAUUACUAACAAACGUAGUAAAUUUUUAACGAAUGCUAGCCGUAGCGUUUUAGUGUAUUAUUAAAACGCCGUGUUCAACAGUAUAAUAGUUACGCAACUGUUGAUUAUGCCGUGAUAUGUGUUGAUCAAGUGAAAGAUCGUAUUACAGACGCGUAUUGUAUACAUGAUAUUUUCCUCUUUCGUGACUUGACUAUAUUUAGCCACAUUGUCAGUUAAGUUGAAAAAUAUAUAGUGAAAUAUGAUAAAAAAAAUGCAUGGAUUUAAAAAAGUUACAAAUUUUUUUUUCUAAAAAAAUUAUCAAAAAUUUCCCGCUAAUUACGCAAUUUUUGGAUGUUCCCUUUGGAGUAUUUCGCCGUGAAAUCGCAGGAAAUGGCCAUUCCAGACUUUUAAAAUUCAAAAUUUUCCGGGGGAGCAUGCCCCCGGACCCCCCCUACAAUGUGUGGGUUUUAGAGCAGGACUAGUGAAAUUUCGCUAGCUACGCCACUGAUAAUAAUGCCUCUAGUUUGAUCCUAGCUAUUGUGUGUAUAUGUACUGUGUCACUGUGAUACAUAUGUACAUGUUUUGAGUUUAACGAAUUGUUUAAUAAAUUUUUGCUGAAGUAUGAUGCCUGUUUGUAUGGGUAGAUUUUUACAUAUAUAUGCAUACAGUAUACUUUUCAUCUGUAAAAUAUUUUUUGUGUGUUCUAAUAUUACUGUAAAUAGUGACACACUUUUGCAUUAGAUUGCUAAUUUUAGAGAUUACAGUGUAUGUAUAAAAUAAUAAAAUAAAAAUGUUCUUGUUAUUGAAUUUGUAGAAAGAGAUCUACUCGAGUGGUUCAGUGGUUGGCUGGUCUUGAACCUGGUCAGGAUGGAUAUGGUGAUGAAGGUGAUAGGGCAGAAAGUGGUGACCAGUUAAGUGAUCAUAAUGAAAGUGACGAGGAUGAAAUCAACCAUGCUGUGCCAUUCAAGUGCAUCGGAGCUGCUAAUGAGAAACAUUUAUUUACCAAGAUCAUUUGUAACAGGCAUGCCUUGCUAUUCAUGGACAAGAUAAGCAUUUUUACCUUUCACUUUAUUCAUUGCCAAACAAAAAUCAUUUAAUUUAAGUAGGUGUGUAUCUGUAAGAAAACCGAAUAUCUGUUAUGCGCACUUGUGCAACUCCCUCAAAAUAGCAAUAUUGCUUUUUUAUUGUGGCAUAAAUCUAUUACUAGGACAUCAAUAUGGUUCUCAUUACCUAUAUCUAAACUUAAAAAACCAUGUGCUAUAUAUAAAUAAAUGCAUCUACCUAUUUCGUAACUGAAUAGAAUUUAUUUUGUCAAGCCAUGUAAUUAAUUUUGAAAUUGCUGUGACUUUAUGUAACCCUUCUGCAGGAAUUGAGCCUAUAAACUCUAAAGCACCAACCCAUCCCCAACAAUAAAAUUUUUAAAUUUGGUUGUGUGAAAAUCGGGCUGAGUUGAAUUUAAAUGGUUCUCAUUUCUAGUCAAAAUAUGGGUCUCUAUUUACUUGUUUCUAAUAUAUACACCUGUUGACUCUGGAUGCUCUUCAGAAGUAUCAAAUAAUGUACCUGCCAUUAUAAAUGCUUCCUCCUUUAAUUAAUAAUAGUGUUCAUGCAUACUAAAAAACCAAACAUGGUAAAUUAUACUACAGGUAUAUGAAAUAACUGUACCAGCCAGGGUACCGGUAUUAAAACUGGCUUGUCCAAGAAAUAUUGUGGGUGAUGUCUGGCGACCUACAUGGUGCUUGAAAUGAAUUGUCACAUGCUGACAAUUCAGCAUCUUUUCAACAAAAAUUAUCGAAACAUAUGAAGUAGAUAAUGUAAACAGCAGCUGACAACUCACACAAAGCUUGCAAGUUGCUGUUUAAUAAAGAAAACAAUUUCUUAGGUCAUCCAUGGUCAUCUAAUUAAAAAGUGGCUGACGUCUAAUUUCAAGAAUGGCUGGUGCCAAAUGUACACUAUUAUAACAAACAUAUUUUAAUUAUUGUCAAUAAAUUUGAACAAAUAUGCUCAAGCAUUAAUUAAAUAUGAUACAUUACAUGUAUGCAGGGAUGGAUCCAGCAUGAUCUGGUAGGGAGGGGGGUUGCUCUGGUGCCGACUGAGUUGUGUCGGUCAUGUGUGCCGCCCGCCCACCAACUACUGUUCACAGUUCACUUAUCAUCAUGUUAUUACUCAAAUUAUCGUAUCUCAUUUUGUUUUUUUUUGCUUUAUCAUAAAAAAUAGCACCCCCCCCCCUGCACCCCCUCUGGCCAGGGCUAGAGAGGGUGUGCACCCCGCCCCUAGUAAAUCCAUCCCUCCAUGUAUGUGCACUUUCUAUAUUCUGCUCAGGUAUUUGGUGAAAAUGUACGUUGUUGGCCACAAUGAGGGAUCACAGCUCAAUUUGUAUUCACCAAUAACUUUCAGGAAGACAUCAUAAGGACAAGAGAUACUAUAAUCAAUACUAGUAUAGUAAUCCAUGCUAAAAUGUCUUAAUUCUUCAACAUCGUCAGUUGGCUCUGCCCUUGGAUGUUCAGGAAAAAGCCCUUUUUCAUAUCGACAUCUGAACUCCUGUAAUUAAAAAGGAACAUAGCAUUUUACACUGAGAGAAAAUCUGAUCACUUUAUAAUGUGCUGUUCUUUUAAAAUCAUCUCUACCACCAGACAAUUUCACUUGCCAAGGAGCUAGGCAUGCAUGCUAGUAAUACCAGCCCAGAUAUAAAAUCUGUAAAAACAGGCGAAUAACUCCUAAGUCUUCUAAAUAGUCUUUCAAAUGUAAUUUAACAAUUACUGUAAAGAAAAAUUCUCCUAAUAUUAAGGAACUUUCAAAAUUCAUUGUGAAAACCAAGCUUUGGUGGCGCAAUAUCUUCCCCAGAUAUUAGACGCCAUUUUGGCAAAGGUUGAAAUGAGUAUGGUCACUUCAAUGCCAAAUAUCUCGAAAACUGCCGGGGAAUCCCGGGCAUCCCUCCAGCAGAUUUUUAGUUUAGAUAUUUGUCUUGACUUUUUUGCAGAAAAAACGAAAAUCGAACCAUGGGAAUUCGAGAUUUUUUAGUUUGAAAGUUGUAAACAGACACGGACUUGAGUCAUCACGUUGCCACGACAUGACCAAUUUCAAUAAUCGAAAACAGGUUAAAAAAUAACGCUUACCUCAGAAAUUCUUGCACAUAUCGCCAGUUCUUUUAUAAUACUAUGGUCACGGUUGCAUUUUGAUAGAAAAAUUUCAAUAUUUAUAUAUAUUUUUUGAGUGCUUCUGUAUCCAAUGCAAAUUAGAAGGCCAAAAAUCUUCGCAAACACGGUGGGAAAAUAGCGCGAUUUCAUUGGUCGAGAAUUUCACGUGACAGCUAGCGCUGUCCAACCUCCUCUGCCAUUUAGUACAGACAUAAAAAUUAGGCAGUUGCGAGACUGCACGUGCUGUUGUUUACAAACUAUAUAACAAUAUUGUAAACUAUAAAUAUUGUAAAACAAAGUAAAAAUUUGUGUUUAAAAACUCUUUUUUUUUCAAGCAUAUUAUCGUGAAACGACAAGCAAAAAUACAAAAAUAUAAAAAUAACAAACCUUUUUUAUUGUUUUUUUUAGUAGAAAAAUGUUGAUUAAAUCAAAACAAAUUCAUUUUUAUAUGUUUUUGAUCGGAUCUGAACAUGAACCCGUCGUUUACGGAAGCAACGUAAUUGAUUUUGUCAAAACCAAAGCCAAAACGCCAGGCAUAAAAGUUUUUAUUCCAAAGCUCCUCUGCUACCAUACUCAUAAAAAAAUUAUAUUUUUAAAGGGUAUGGGCAAUGAAAAUUGCUUCAUCUAUCUUAUUGCUUCGUCUGAAAGAGCAUGGAAAAGUAAGCCGAUUGGCCGUUUAAUGCUCUAUUCUAUCUCAUCUAGUUCCGAAGUUAUAUGCAAAAAUGUGCAAAAUAUAAAUUGCUGAUUCAGCACAAUGUGUGACGUCAUUAGCUGGGUAAGUAUGUUUCAUUGAAUACUACACUGAAGCAUACACUCUUUUCAUAAAUGGCUGCCAAUUAAAAGUUCUUUUAUGUGCAUAUAAAUUGGCCCAACUAGCCUCGUACUCAUGUUAAGAUUUCAAAGGAAUUUCUACCCAGAAACGAGGCUAGUUGGGCCAAUUUAUAUGCACAUCAAAGAAUUUUUAAUCGGCAGCCAUUUAUGAAAAGGGUGUAUAGCUCAGUUAUUAUGGGCCCAAAUCAAAUGAAAUUUUGGAUACUGAUUGUACAUAAUGAGACGCAUGGAAAAACACUUCUAAUUUUGUUUCCAAGGUAACAAUGUCGUUCCCAGGCCCUUUGCGCCAAUUUUAUAAAACAGCUUUAUUCAAGGUACUGAUAAAAAUAAAAUAAUAUCAGAAGUAUGUGUACGAUAUCUAUGCAUGCCGAAAGUUUACUUGCAUGAUAAUAAUUUGAAAAUGACAUACACAUAGAGAAAUGCAACUAGUUAUUCAAAAUCAGUUUAAAGGGCCUGGGAACGACUGUGUUGCCUUGACAACGAAAUUAGAAGUAUUUUCCCAUGCGUCUCAUCAUGUACUAUCUGUAUGAAAAAUUUCAUUUGAUUUGAGGCAAUAAUAACUCAGCUAUGCUUUAGUUUACUAUUCAAUAACUAUACUUACCCAGCUUAUGACGUCACACAUUGUGCUGAUCAGCAAUUAUAUUUUGCACAUUUUUGCGUAUAACUUCGUAACCAGAUGAGAUAGAAUAGAGCAGUAAACGGCCAAUCGGCUUAUUUUUCAUGCUCUUUCAGAUGAAGCAAUAAGAUAGAUGAAGCAAUUUUCGUUGCCCAUACCCUUUAAGCAUGUACAUUUUUACUGAAACUAUACGUCUUUUUGUGUGUUUCUUGCCAGUUUUCUCGGGUUUUCGUAUUCGUGUUUUAUAUUAUCUUUCAACUUUUCAAUUUAUGUCAGCCUCGUUUUACAAAUACACAACUGCACUGAUCUCAAAUUAGUUCGCAAGCCAAGGUAAACCUAGAAUAAUAGCACUUUAUACUGAGCUCACUUCACUCGAUAAAGGAACAAGCGAGACAGUGACAGACUAUCUAAUACGAGCAAAAAGAUCGAUUAUGGCCCUGAAAAACGCUAAAGAGACACUUAGUGACGGGCUUGUUAUUGCCAUGUUAUUAAAAGUUUUACCUGACUCAUACAAACCCUUUGUUGUCCAUAUUACACAAAGUACAAGUGAAAUUACAUUUGCUAUCCUUGCUAUGUUCAAGUCUCAACUGAAAAGCUUUGAAGAAACAGAGAAUGAAAAGUCAGUCCCCAUCGUUUUCUGCAUCCAGUUAUGUCACAUGUUAUGCUUGUGGUCGCAAAGGUCAUAUCAUGAAGGAUUAUUCUGACAAAACUAAGAGUGAAACAAGCAAGUGGUGCUUAUACCACAAGUCAACAACGCAUAGUGAUAGUACCUGUCGACGAGAUCAACGAAAAGACCAAGAAGCUACAAAAGUAAAACAAGCGACAUUUGGUGGCCAGUCCGGUGACGAAGGGGAUGAAUACUCAUACACUUUUCAUGAGCAAGGGAGUCACCUUAAGCAAUCACAGUACAAAUGGGAUGUUUGUUGAUACUGGAGCUACAUCUCAUGUUGUUACAAAAGAUGUAUUGAAACGUGUUGAUGGUAAUUUUAACCCAGCAAAGCAUUACAUGGAACUUGCUGAUGGGACACGUAGAAAUAAUGUGGCUCUGAAACGUGGAUAUGCUGAAGUAUCAAUAGCUGAUGAAAAUGGAAAAUAUGUGAAAGCUGUUCUGAAAGACGCACUGUUCAUACCAACGUAUCCACAGGACAUAUUUUCUGUUAGAGCAGCUACUUUAAAUGGAGCCAAAGUAAAGUUCUCAAAAGAUCAAAAUGGACUUGUCUACAAAGAUAGUACAAAUUUCAUUAUUGAGGAACAUGAACGCUUGUAUUAUUUGAACACUGUUAAUCAACUAAAUGAUGAUAGCAAUAUAAGUAGUUUAUAUGAUAAGGUAAGUCUUGCAUGCAAUAUUUACAAGUGGCAUGAAAUAUUAGGGCAUUCCAAUUUCGAUGAUAUAAUGAAACUAGAAAAUUUAGUCACUGGAAUGAAAGUUGUAGGGAAGGUAGAUAUGUUCAAGUUAGAAUGUGGUACAUGUACAGAAGGGAAGUUUGCAAAUUGUAGAAAUAGAGCACCAGAUAGUUGAGCUACAAAACCCCUAGAAAAGGUACAUACAGACUUAGCAGGUCCCAUUAGCCCAGUGUCCAAAAAUGGUUUUAAAUAUUGCAUUGCAUUCACUGAUGACUUAUCUGGAGCCAUUUUUGUAUGUUUCCUUAGAAAUGAGACUGACACCCUAUUAGGAACUGAGAAGUUUCUUGCCGAUUGUGCACCUUAUGGCCAGGUAAAGUGCUUGAGGUCAGAUAAUGGCACAGCAUUUAUGAAUGGUGAUUUCCAAGAUCUUCUUAGGAAAAGAACCAUUAAGCAUGAAACUUCUUGUCCAAAUUCUCCCCACCAGAACGGAACAGCGAAAAGGUACUGGCGGACACUAUUUGAAAUGGCUCGGUGUUUGUUGUUGGAGAGUGGUGUGCCUAAGAUGUUGUGGCCAUAUGCCGUCCAAACUGCCGCUCAUAUUAGAAAUAGGUGUUACAACAACAGGACUAAGAGUACACCCUAUUUUAGCAUGACAGGAAGAAAACCAGACCUGUCAAAGAUGUGGGUGUUUGGCUCAGAGUGUUACAUUUAUAACUAUGAUCAUAAGAAACUAGACCCUAGGUGUAUGAAAGGAGUAUUUGUCGGUUAUGAUAAGAACAACCCAGCCCACCUUGUUUAUCACCCACAGUGUGGUAAAGUCAUGAAACACAGAUUAGUAAAGUUUAUUAAGAAUACCAGUGCAGAACAAUGCACACAGACUGAAAUUGAUGAUCUAGGCCUUUGUAGAAAGGAGGAAAAUGACAUUUCCCCAAAUGAUGUUCAGGGACAGGAAAAAGAUUUUCCCGAACCUGAAGAAAUUGUUGAAAACUUAGAUUCACGCGAAGGGCCACAGUUAGAUGUUGAAGAUAGUUAAGAGGUUGAAGAUGAUCAUGAGACUAAAGUUUAUCCUCAGGGGGAAAGAAAAACCUCACAAUAUUUAGGAGUCAAUAAUUCAGCCAAUGUAAAUGUUGAUUAUUGUUAUAAAGUUUGCGGUGUGCCACAAACAUACACUGAAGCAAUGGAGUCCCCUGAAGCUUCAGGUUGGGAGAAGGCCAUGAAAGGUGAGAUGGAAGCACUCAAGGAGAAUGACACGUUUGAAUUAACCACCUUACCAGAGGGUAAGAAUUUAGUGGGGGGAAGAUGGCUCUAUACCAUCAAGGAGGAUGCAAAUGGUUUGGAAACAUUGAAAGCAAGAUAUGUUGCAAAAGGGUACAGUCACGUCCAUGGUAUUGACUAUGAGGAAACUUUUUCCCCAACUGCCAACAUUACAUCAAUCAGAAUCCUUAUGCAACUUGCUGCUCAAUAUGAUCUUACUGUUUAUCAGAUGGAUGUCAAAACAGCUUUCCUUCAUGCCCCUAUUGACCAUGAAAUAUUCAUGGAGCAGCCUAUGGGCUUUGAAGAGUUGUCAGAAAACGAUGUUAAAUUAGUCUACAGGUUGAAGAAAUCUCUUUAUGGUCUUAAGCAGUCGGGUAGGAACUGGAACAGGGUGUUAGACGAGUACUUGAUAAGCGAUGGAUUUGUUAGAAAUCCAGUCGAGCAUAGUGUUUAUCAAAAACAAACAGGUGAAGAUAUCAUAAUUGUAGUUAUAUCGGUUGAUGAUCUGAUUUAUAACUUCAAGUAACACAGAUAUGAUCAGUCAAUUCAAGGAAAACAUAAAAUCUAAAUUCAAGAUGAAGGACUUGGGAGAAAUUUCUUAUUUCUUGGGCAUUAGCUUUAAACAAGGAAAUGGAGUUAUUAAAAUGAAUCAGAAAAGAUAUAUUCAGAAAAUACUAGAUAGAUUUGGUAUGUCUGAUUGUAAGCCUAGAACAACCCCAUGCGAGCAGAAAUUUGAGGGCAUGAGUGAUAGUGAACAGGUAUACCCAAGGAAAUAUAGAGAGAUUGUAGGUAGUCUGAUUUACUUGAUGACAUGUACCAGACCAGAUAUUAGUUGUGUAGUGUUUACUAUAUUGUUGUAACAUGAAGUAUAAAAAAGAUUAGGAAUCCAAGAUGGCGUUUUAGUAAAUAUACGUGUUCAGUAAAUUGUUUAUGUUUAAUCGAGUUCAAUCUGUUGUUUUAUCGGGAUGCAUACUACAAAUGGCGACGAGGAUGGACAUCUAAAUAUAUCGAGGACUUGUUUAAAGGAAUUUUGAUAAAUUAGUAUCAUGGAAACGAAUCAAAAUUCGGAAAAUAUUCAAGCAGGUGAAUCGAGUGGAGCUGUUGUUUUAAAGUGAAAGUACUCGAAGUUGGUGGUUUUCCUUGCUUCGACCCCAAGGGAGAUCCAAAUACACUAUCAAUUCGCUGGAGAAGAUGGAAACGCGCUUUCAACCUGUAUAUGGUGUCAAAAGGAGUUACAAAUGAACAGCAAAAAGUUGCUUUGUUAUUACACUCCGGAGGAAUGGAAUUACAAGAACUGUAUUAUACUUUAAAGCCAGAUAGUGAAGAUAACAAUCUUCAGGAAUGUUUGAACGCUUUAGAUGCAUAUUUUACACCUAAAGUAAAUGUGGCUUUUGAAAGGCAUAUGUUUCGACAAAUGCAGCAAAAAGAGAAUGAAACCAUAGAUCAGUUUGUUUGUCGACUUCGACAAAAGUCUAUUUCAUGCGAGUUUACCAAUGUAGAUGAAGCAAUUCGUGAUCAAAUUAUUGAAAAAUGCAGAGACCCAAAGCUUCGUCGAAAGUUUCUUGAAAAGACAGGUACAGUAAUUUUAUCUGUGCUUCAAGACACGGCUAGAGUUCACGAAACUGUAAACACACAAAUCCAAUCUAUGGAUAGAUUAGGUACAAAUCAAGUAAAUGGAAUAUUCCAAGGUAAUCGAAGGGGGAAAGGAAAGUAUGGUGCCAAAUCUGAUGACCGUGCAUCUGAUGGAAAACAUAAAGAGGGUAGGGAAUGUUAUCGAUGCAAUAUGACAGGACACAUCGGACGAGAUAAAAGCUGUCCUGCAAUAAGUAGAACAUGUAAAAAGUGUGGAUUGGUGGGUCAUUUUGCAGUUUGUUGUCGUACUAAAGCCCCAAAGAAACCCUCAAAUGGAAAACAACGUCAACAUGGAGCUUAUCAAGUAGAGGAAGAGAAACAGGAACCAGAAACGGACAAUUAUGCUUUUGUAGUUAAGCCUGCUCGUGAAAAGACAGGUGGAGUUGUUGAACUUGUCAUUGGAGGUGUGGAGUUAAAUAAUGUCCUUUUCGAUUCUGGAGCUUCCUGCAAUAUAAUGGAUCGAGCAACAUGGGAAAACCUGAAACAAAAAGGUGUGAAGUGUGAAUCUCAGAAAAGCGAAAAGAAAUUGUUCGCAUAUGGACAAACGGAUUCAAUUGAGGUUUUGGGAACAUUCAAAAGCGAUAUUUUUUGUAAAGAUUCAAGGGUAAGCUGUGUCGAUGAGUUUACCGUAGUUGAAGGUCCAGGAAAAGUUUUACUUGGAAAGAAUACAGCUGAGAAAGUAAAUGUUCUUAGAGUGGGACCUCCACGUUCUCCACAAGUCUACUCGGUUGCAUAUGAAGGCAGUGAUAAAGAUAUUAUGAAUGAUUUUAAAGAAAUUUUCUCAGGAGUGGGAAAACUAAAGGAUUUCCAGAUGAAAUUGCACAUUAAAGAUGAUGUGAAACCAGUAGCACAACCAGUAAGAAGAUUACCGUUUGGUCUCAGAGCAAAAGUGGACAAAAAGCUUAAUGAGUUAUUAGAAGAAGAUAUUAUUGAAGAAGUACCAAGUGGCCCUACCGGUUGGAUAUCACCUCUUGUUGUCGUACCAAAACCGGACGGUGAUAUUCGUAUUUGUGUCGAUAUGAGGCGAGCGAACGAAGAUAUUGAAAGGGAGCGUCAUCCAAUCCCCACUAUAGAGGAAGUCUUAUACGAGUUAAAUGGAUUAACAGUCUACAGUAAAUUAGAUUUGAAAUGGAGAUUUCAUCAAGUCGAGCUUGAAGAGUCAUCGCGUCGUAUCACCACAUUUUUAACGCAUAGUGGACUAUAUAGAUACAAGAGGUUGAUGUUUGGAAUAACCUCAGCACCCGAAAUGUACCAGAAGAUAGUCAAGGAUGUAUUAAUUGGUUGCAAAGGAGUUGCCAACAUUGCGGAUGACUUGAUCAUCCAUGGACGGGGAAUUGAAGAGCACGACAAGAAUUUGGUAGCUGUACUUAAUCGUUUACGGGAGUGUGGAUUAACCCUAAAUGCAAACAAGUGUCAGUUUCGACUUCCAAAGUUGACAUUUUUUGGUCAUGAUCUUAGUUGUGAUGGUGUUUCGCCAAACGAAGAGAAGGUGGCAGCAGUAAGAGAUGCCAAACUCCCAAAGAAUGCUGCAGAAGUUAGAUCUUUCCUAGGCUUAGUGCAGUACUGUGCCAAGUUCCUACCUGAUUUUGCACAAGUGGCAGAACCAAUCAGAAAAUUAACUAGAAAGAAUCAACAAUUUGAAUGGGGAAAAGCUCAACAGCAGUCUUUUUCAACAUUGAAAGAUCUUUUAACUCAGGCCGAGACGCUUGCUUACUUCAAGAACGAUUGUGAAACACACAUUAUUGCUGAUGCUGGUCUUACAGGGAUUGGAGUGGUUCUCGCACAGUUACAGGGUGAUUCAUGGAGAGUAAUUUCGUAUGAAUCUAGGAACCUCACUGUCGUCGAAAGGAGGUAUUCCCAAACGGAGAAAGAAGGUCUUGCGUUGGUGUGGGCAUGUGAGAGAUUCAAGUUGUAUGUUUAUGGUCGUAAAUUUGAGCUAGAGACGGACCACAAGCCCUUACAGUAUAUAUACAACACAUCGUCUAAGCCGUCUGCACGACUCGAAAGAUGGGUUCUUCGGCUACAAGGUUAUCACUUCAAGGUUGUCUAUCGGCCGGGAAAAACUAACAUAGCUGAUGCUUUGUCUAG